UUCAAGCGGUCAAAGAAAUGUUACUUGAUGGUCAGCCAGCAGCCCCUGAGUGUGAGAAACACACAGAGCCACAAGAUUGGGGAAUUCGAAAUGCCUGUUCUGCAGAGAGGUGGAAAGUGUCCCGCCCGCAUCUCAUCAACAGCAUGCUGUCAGAUGAGGCAGUAUUGCCCACCACCUGCCAGUGGUGUAGGCAAGGAGUGGCUGUGAUGAGGUGUAGUGAGUGCUUACCUCACCAGUAUCUGUGCAUGGCCUGUGACAAAGAGCAACACACCAGACAUGUUCUGCACAACCGGAGAUCCCUGAUCUCAGGCUACCUCCACCCUGUGCCUCCCACCUCAUUUGUCAGCCAGGAUGCUGACGGGCAAUAUUCCCUUACCCACCAAGCUCAACUUCUACCUUUAGAGGUAUCAGCCUGCCAAACCUGCCAGCUCCCCAUGACUGUUAGUGUGGGGAGGUCCAUUGUUUUAGUGACCAUGAAUGGUGAGUUUUACACAUUUUUAUUUAAGAAGAACAAUCAUUUUAUUAAUCUCACAUGUGAACACGCAUACUCUUGCAGGUAGCAGUGAAUAUCAACAAACACAAAUAUAUUGCUGUUAAAUUAUGUCCUGUGACAUUAUUACCACUUUAGGUCACUAUGAUCUUGUCCUCCCUGAAGCACAUUGUGAAUGUUGUGCCUCUCAUUGGACACCUGCGCUGGAAGACGUUGUGCAAAAGUGGUAAAAUAUCUGGAGACACUUUCCACCAAAGUUUCAUGGAAUGGGCCAUCUGCAGAUAUGAGGUUGACAAGAUGUGCCAGGAGCAGCCGUUUGUCUGCCCUCCAUGCACUCCCGAAAUGCUUGCUGUAGCAGUGGAUGGCAAUCGCAAGCAUUAUCGUUUCAAGAAGGCAGGGAGUCAGGACAGUCAUGGCCACUUGGAAGGUGUUUUCCUUUGCGAGGACAGCAAGGUGUCAGAGUUUGUAGACCAUGUCCACAAGGCCACCAAACCUUCAUUGAACAUUCAAAGUCUGCAACAACAAAAAGACAGCCUGGAGGCCUUAACGACAGAGCUGUCAGUCGACAACUCCACAAUCCUGCAGUGGGUGACCGAUGCACCAGUGGAGGACAGUGAUGCACCUGUGGAGUUGCAGAAGAAGAUGGAGGAAAUGUCUGCCAGCAUCAGGCAGAGAACACAUCGGCUGUACAGGCAGAAUGACACGAACAAGGGUCGCCACAGGAUGAGCGAGGAGAAAGGGAAGCUGGCUGCCCUGGUCCUGGAACAUAAUACACUUGUCCAGCCAUCCGAAAGAGUGGAGUCAGUGGAGUUAAUCUUCCAGCCAGAAUACAUAUUCCCCUGGCACGUUCCAACAUCUGAUACUGACAUUCUCACAAAAAAGAAGGUCUUUGAGAAGGUCAUGGGUAUCCGGAGGCUGGAGGAGGAAGAAGUGGUCCUCGUCAAAGAGAUGAAGCAACACUGGGAAUACCUGAAGAGACGUGCUGAGGUCUUGGAGCAGUCAAUCUCUGGUGACUGUUGGAACCUGUCACCAAAAGGGAGGAAGGGACUCCAAAGUUUGCACCAGAGGAAGCUUACAGAGUUGAAGUCUCACCAGGCUGUAGUGAGACAGAUGUAUCUCCAACACCUUCACCUGGAUCUUACAGAACCCGACCUGGACCUGGAAGAACUCCUGGAAGAGGGCCAGGAAUGUUUAAGCUCUGACACCAGCUCAGAUGAUGACGAAAAUGUCAACACCUAGGCAUAAACAGAAUAUCAAUGUUAUGCAUUUGAAUUUGGGUAUUGUUAGACAAAUAAAUGC